AUGUAUGGAGCAGAAUGCUGGACCGCUAAGAAAGUGCAUGAACAAAAACUCCACGUGGCGGAAAUGAAAAUGCUUAGGUGGGCUGGCGGUGUCACGCGACUCGAUAAGGUUCGCAAUGAAUAUGUACUCGGCUCGUUCAAGGUAGCGCCUAUUACCGAAAAACUCAAAGAGAGUAGAAUGAGGUGUUAUGGUCACGUUUUGCGAAGGGACGAAAACUACAUAGUGAGGAAGGCUAUGAACAUCCCAAGCAACCCCAAAGGAAGAGUCAGAAGACCAGCAACCUGGUGGUCCUAUGUCGAAAGAGAAAUGAGGACACAAAACUUGACCACGCGGACAACCCAGGAUAGACUGUCCUGGCGCCGACAUACGAGGAGGCCUGACCCCAGCUGA